GCCACUUCCGGUGGCGGCUCCAUAGCCCGCUCCAGGCUCGUGCGGCCCCGGGCCCGUUUCUAACCCCUGAUGUCCCCUUGGUCACGCCGGCGGGACCUCUUUUCGGUCUCCAGGAACCGAGCAGAGGCCGGGAAGGCCUGUCCCGUGCCGUCUCCCGCAGAGCGUCCUGCACUGAGGUGGUAAAAUGUGCUGCGAGAAGUGGAGCCGCGUGGCUGAAAUGUUUCUCUUCAUUGAAGACCUGGAAGAGGAUUAUAAGAUUCUUUGCCUCUGCUCCAGGGCAUUUGUGGAAGAUCGAAAAUUGUGCAAUUUGGGAUUAAAAGGCUACUAUGUCAAAGGCAAUGGCGACAAUGCAGGAGACCAAGCUACAGAAGAGGAGGAAGGCGGCACUGCAGAGUCACAUGACAGUAAAGGCUUAGGCCUAGAUGAAAGUGAACUUGAUUCUGAAGCUGAACUCAUGAGAAGUAUGGGACUACCACUUCAGUUUGGUGGGAUAUCUGCACAUAAGAAUUUUGAGGUGUCUAUGAAUACUAGAAAUAAAGUUAAAAUAAAAAAGAAAAAGAAAAAACAUCAAAAGAAGUACUUAGAUGAAAUUAUGAGAGAAUCUUGGAGACAAGAAUAUGAAGAAGAUGACAUUUUGGCUUCAGAUGAUCCAUCUUCAGUUGAACAGUAUAAGAGCACCAAAACAUGUAAACUUCAAACCAAAAAAGACAUUGAAACUGAAAAUCUUCCUGUUGAAAAUACAUUAUCUCCAAAGCUAGAAAUCACAGAAAAAUGGGAAAAGUAUUGGAAUGAAUAUGGUGGAGGACUAUUAUGGCAAAGCUGGCAAGAAAAACAUUCAGAUCAGAUACUAUGUUCUGAACCUUGGAACAGUCCUGAUAUAAAGGAGGAAUGGGAACAACAUUAUAGUCAACUUUAUUGGUAUUAUUUGGAACAAUUUCAGUAUUGGGAAGCUCAGGGUUGGACUUUUGAGCCCUCACAAACCUGUGAACCAGAUACUUGUGGGUCUAAAAUAGAAGUUGACAAUGAGAAAGAUGAGAAUUGCAUGAAAGCAGACUUAAUGUCUUCUCCAUCUCCAUCUGUUACAAUUGAUAGUGAAAGCUCUAGUUCAAGUGAUAAAGAGCAUAAUGAAAUCCUUGGUGGAAUUAGUAAUAUAAGUUUGAAUUCAGAGGAAGUGGAACAGAGCCAGUUAGAUUCUUCAGUAAGUUGUGAUGGACGUCAGUGGCUAAGUGAAGUCAGCAGCAGCAGAGAAUGCCCUGCUUCUGGCCAGAGUGAACCAUGUAAUGGAGGAACCAAGAACAGCAGCUUGUCUGGGAACAGAAGCACAAACCAACCAGCUCAGGAUUCACAGGACUCUUCAGAAGCAAACACAAUCAAAGAAAGACCACAUCCCAACAGUAUUGAUGGAGAUGAGAGUGAAGAAGAUCCACCUGAACGUAAGCCAAGCAAACUCAAGAGGAGCCACGAACUGGACAUUGAUGAAAACCCAGAUUCAGACUUUGAUGACAAUGGGUCCCUUCUAGGAUUCAAGCAUGGCUCAGGACAAAAAUACGGAGGAAUUUCAAAUUUCAGUCAUCGGCAGGUCAGAUACCUACAGAAGAAUGUGAAGUAUAAGUCAAAGUUCCUGGACAUGAGAAGACAAAUAAGUAUGAAAAACAAACACAUUUUCUUUACUGAAGAAUCAGAAAAAACGUUCAAAAAAAGCAAAACUUUGACUAAGGUAGAAAAAUUCCUAAAAUGGAUUAAUGAACCAAUGGAGGAGGAAGCACAACAGGAGUCAGUUUCUCAUGACAAUGUGCAAGACACCUGCACAAGCAGUGAUUCAGAGGAACAAGAAAUGUCUGUUAAAAAAGGUGAUGACCCACUGGAGACAAGUAAUCCAGAGCCUGAAAAGUGUCAUGCCAUGUCUUCAGCUGAUGAACUUGAAACAAAAAAAAAUGAAGGAGACAGCACAGUAGUAGCUAUUACAGAUAAGGAAGAUGGUGUUACUCAGAUUACACCAGAUUCUCUUCAGGUAGAAACUGAAGCAGAAAGUAAAAAGAAGAAGAAGAAGAAAAAAAACAAGAACAAAAAGGUAAUUGGUCUGCCUCCUGAGAUAGCUGCUAUUCCUGAGCUGGCAAAAUACUGGGCCCAGAGAUAUAGGCUCUUCUCCCGUUUUGAUGAUGGGAUUAAAUUGGACAGAGAGGGCUGGUUUUCAGUUACUCCUGAGAAGAUUGCUGAACACAUUGCUGGCCGGGUGAGCCAGUCCUUCAAGUGUGACAUUGUAGUAGAUGCAUUUUGUGGAGUUGGAGGAAAUACUAUUCAGUUUGCCUUAACAGGAAAGAGAGUGAUUGCCAUUGAUAUUGAUCCUGUGAAGAUUGAUCUUGCUCGCAAUAAUGCAGAAGUUUAUGGAGUAGCAGACAAGAUAGAAUUCAUCUGUGGAGAUUUCCUCCUGCUGGCUUCACAUUUAAAGGCUGAUGUUGUGUUUCUUAGCCCCCCUUGGGGAGGACCAGACUACGCUACUGCGGAGACCUUUGACAUCAGGACCAUGAUGUCUCCUGAUGGCUUUGAAAUCUUCAGGCUUUCCCGGAAGAUCACUAAUAAUAUUGUUUAUUUUCUUCCAAGAAACGCUGAUAUUGACCAGGUGGCGUCCUUAGCUGGGCCUGGAGGGCAAGUGGAAAUUGAACAAAACUUUCUUAAUAAUAAAUUGAAGACAAUCACUGCUUAUUUUGGGGACCUGAUUCGAAGAUCAGCCUCUGAAUCAUAACUGUGAGGUGGUACAAGAACAAAGUUCAUGUGUGGUCAGAACAUUAUUCAGAUGAGACCCUUGGGAUUUCUUUCUAUAUUCACUAAUAUUUUGUACCCACAAUCUUAUAUCACCAUAUGAAAUGGAAACUUACAUUAAGUAGAUUAAGGAAUAUUAAUGAAGUACUUUGACAUCUUUGGAUAAUAUCAACUCUGUACAUUAUACAUUAGGAUAGUAAGUAACUGAAAUGGAAAAGGUAGGUUUUCCCCUGUGCUUACUGUCAGACAAUGUGUAUAUGUGUAUGUGUGUGUUUCUGGUUUUUUUUUAUAAUUGCGUAUGUUUUGGUUUAACAUCUUUGUGUGUAAGUGAGUGUAAAAAACAAUUACUGUGUUUUUUCUAACAUAGAGAUAAAAGAAAACAAUGAAUGAGCCAUAGUCUAUCUGCCCAUUUGACCCCUGCUGAAAUAAUGUUAAACCCUUAAGGGUAGAAACAUAAAACAGUACAGAA